GUUUCUUUUUUUUUUUUGGUCAUUUUUUUUCAUUUUUUUCAUAUAUUAAAAAAUAAGUGAAUUACCAUGGGCAAAGGAAAACGUGCUCAUACAAUCAGUAUACCAACCAUCAAUUUGACGCCGCCAAAGUCGUCAGCAGACCACUCCUUCAGUGUGGCGACUCCUCCGUUUUUGACCAAACUGAAUGCACACGAUGAUCCCACCCUGUCACCCACCACCGCCGCCACCCGUUGGAUUCCACCCCGUAAACCCAAGAAAAAUUAUAAUGACUUGGAACAUAAGAUGGAAGCGGCACCGCUCUAUGUGCUUGUAUUGACCUAUCUCAACUAUUUCGUCCUCAUCUUGUUUGGUCAUCUACGUGACAUUCUCGGCAAGAUCUUUAAGCCGCAAGCCUAUUCGCACUUGAAAAUGAACCAGGGAUAUGCACCUUUGGUAUCUGAUUUCGAUUCCUUUUACACACGUCGUCUUUACAUGCGUAUUCGAGAUUGCUGGAAUCGGCCAAUUACCGGUGUCGCUUCCCGAACCGUCAAGCUUCUCGAUCGUGUAAGUCAUGAUUUCAAUAAAACCUUUAGAUUGACCGGCACCGUUACCGACGCUCUUAAUUUUGCCUCUUACAACUACCUUGGUUUUGCUCAAUGCGAGGGUCCCUGUGCCGAUGAUGUGGAACAAGCAACCGCUCAAUUAGGUAUUGCCUCCCCCAGCCCUCGCGCUGAAGCUGGUUCCACCAAACAACACGCUGCAUUGGAACAAUUGGUCGCUCGCUUCGUCGGUAAAGAAGAUGCCAUGGUAAUCAGUAUGGGUUUCGCCACAAAUUCUACCACUAUCCCUGCUCUCGUUGACAAGGGUUGCCUUAUUAUUUCGGAUGAAUUGAAUCAUUCUUCCAUCAUUUUCGGCGCUCGUUUGUCCGGUGCAUCCGUUCGCGUGUUCAAACACAACAACAUGGAGGACCUGCGUGAACUUCUCCGUGAAGUUAUCUCGCAGGGCCAACCCCGUACUCAUCGCCCCUGGAAGAAAAUCCUCGUUAUCGUUGAAGGUCUUUACUCCAUGGAGGGUUCAGUUGUCAACUUGCCCGAAUUGGUAGAGUUGAAAAAGGAAUUUAAGUUCUACUUGUAUGUUGAUGAAGCCCACUCGAUUGGUGCCAUGGGCGAGAAUGGCGGGGGUGUUUGCGAUUUCUACGGUGUGGAUCCUGCCAACGUCGAUAUUUUGAUGGGAACUUUUACCAAAUCGUUUGGUGCCGCCGGUGGUUACAUCGCCGCUGAUAAGGCGGUCAUUGAUCACUUGCGCGUUACCAACCAUGCCUAUCUUUAUGCCGAACCCAUUUCUGUACCUGUCACGCAACAAAUCAUCAGCAGCAUGAAAAUUAUUUGUGGUGAAGAUGGUACCGACGAAGGACGACGAAAAAUUAAGCAGUUGGCUGAAAACUCUUUAUAUUUUGCUGCUCGUCUACGACAAAUGGGCUUCAUUGUGUACGGCGAUCACGGUAGCCCAGUUGUACCAUUGCUGUUGUUCAAUCCUGCCAAAAUUCCUGCCUUUUCGCGUGAACUGCUAAAACGAGGCAUCGCGGUUUGCGUCGUCGGUUACCCUGCUACUCCCAUUAUUUCCUCUCGCGCUCGAUUUUGUUUAUCCGCCUCCCAUACCAAGGACGAUAUUGAUCACGCUCUGGAAACCAUUAGCGAAGUGGGCGAUCUGCUUAUGCUCAAAGUUAGCCAAGAAUGCAAAGAUCAAUAAUUGUGCUUUUUCAUCCUUUUUUUAUUUAUUUAUUGUUUCUUUUGUCCCUAAUGCCUUGUUCCAUCUAAUGUAAUGUUUACUUCUUCCUUUUUUUUUUUUUUCCUUACAUUCCCCUUUUUCAUCUCUUGAUUUAUCCAUUUGUUUAUUAGUCAAGUGGAUCAUGUAAUCGUUUGUCUAUCAUCGCUCUAUAAAAAAUGUCAUCUAAACAACUCACGGGACCCGUGAGUGCUUUCACUGUAAUUACGUCUAUGGUCAUUCUUCGUCUAUAUACACAUGCUGUUGUUGUUCAGCUCAGCGAAUGACAAUGGAUCAAAUUAAAAAAAAAAUUAGAUAUGUAUACAAAAUUGCCAGAAGGGCGGUGCAAAACACUCUCACGCCGGUACGGUGACAUAUUCGCGUUUGGCCAGCAAUUGCUUUACCAUGUUUUUACGUCCACGUGAUUUUCUCGAACGCCACACUC